AUGGAUAAUAAUUCGCUUCUAUCUCUUUCACGAUUCAUAGGGAAGGAACGUUUUAAUAAAUGUCAGAUGCACACAACACUCAAGGAAUCAGACAUGUUGCUCAAAGCAGGUUCAGUAAUGAUACUUUUGUCAACAUGUUACAAAUUAUGUUUAAACUCAAUUUUAUCGAUAAACAGUAAUAAGAGUUUGAAAUUUUCAUAA